AUGGAAUUCGAUCUGAAUUCAUCGAGACGUAGCAGCCUUGAAAAUGGAUCCCCGAUGACGAUCGUUUCAACAAAUGACACUAGCCCAACGAAAAGACGGAGGUCAUCUUUCUUCAUUCCCACAAAUGUGGAAUUACCACCAAUAACAGAGAUAGAACUGCAACCCAUACCCAAAGACGAUGAGCCGGCGGAAGAGGAGAAAGUGCUGUUCAUUGACAAAAUAUUUAAUACAAUCCAAGCAACUGUUAUAAAGCACAAGACAAUACUGAAAAAAAUCGCUUCCGCCGUUUUGCUGCUGUUGUAUCUGGCGUAUGUCGUGUACUCCCUUAGUUUCCGGUUCGGAGACGAGGGUUCCUGGAGACUUCUGAUCUGUACCAUAUUACUACUGAUGUACGUCGGCUGGAGGAUUAUCACGACAUUGUCUGUGUACCAGUCAUUUAGAAAAUCUCUUGGACCGAAGAACCCUGAAAAUAUUACUAAAGCAAAGAAAAUAGUACGUUGGGUGUUGUACUUUGUGGUGCUGGCGCUCAUCAUUAUCUACAUCGGACUCACGGUUAUACAAACGAGUCCACGAAACCUCAUCUCUCUCGGCGGGAUCUUCGUCUUCAUCGUCAUCUUAUUCCUCAUGUCCAACAACAAGGCAAAUAUCAAAUGGCACACCGUGUUCUGGGGACUGUCACUCCAGUUUGGUUUCGCCCUGGUCAUUCUCCGGACAGACUGGGGUAUCGGGGCUGUACGCUGGAUAACGGAGAGGUUUUCUGAAUUCAUUGCUUUUUCUGACAACGGCUCGGCUUUCAUUUUCAGCGAAAAAUACAAGGAAUUUGAUAUCAUUUUUAAGGCUGUUCCCUCUGUUAUUGUGUUUUGUGCCGCCAUAGCUGUUUUGUCCUACCUCGGCGCCCUGGCCUUCAUCAUUCGAAACUUCGGUGGUUUUCUUGGUUACUGUCUACAAACAAAUCCUGUGGAAUCAAUCAACGCUGCCACGAAUAUAUUCAUGAGUGGUAUCGAGUCCCUUAUGGUCAUCAAUGAUUACAUAGACUCACUAUCGACGUCCCAGAUCUUUUGUAUAUACACUAAUGGAGUGUCGUCCAUUGCGGGGUCCGCUCUCGUUGUAUUCGCCACGUUUGGGGUUCCUGUGGAGUACCUACUAACAGCUUCAGUCAUGUCUGCUCCAGCCGCCCUGGUAGCAUCCAAAAUGGUGUAUCCUUCCAAAAAGAGCAAAGAUGACGAUAAGAAAUAUGUUUUUGGCAACCAGAGUGGUAUUAACAGCUUCAUGGAAGCCUUGUCAACAGGCGGAAUGCAGGGCCUACAACUCAUGAUUAACGUCCUCGUCAACCUCCUCAUUUACAUAUCCCUCUUUGCAUUCGUCAACGCAGCUGUCACGUGGUUUGGGGACAGGGCAGGCGUGGAGGAACUUACUCUGGAGAAAAUAUUUUCGUAUGUCCUUUGGCCACUGGCAUUCAUCAUGGGAAUCGAUGCUGUGGAUUGUCUGAAAGUUGCCGAAAUGUUGGGUGUGCGCAUGUUUGCAACCCUUGCCCUCAGCUAUAUACAGCUUGGGGUGUACUUCGAUAAUAAGGAAAAGUACAACGAAUAUUCAGCCUUAUACAACAAUACCGUGCUGACCCCUGGUGGCGAUAUAUUCCUCCCGAACUGGAACGCGACACUGGAAAACGGAAUUCUAACGGACCGCUCAGAGCUGAUUGCCACAUAUGCCAUGUGUGGGUUUGCCAGCAUUCCAUCAGUUGCUAUAUCACUUGGUUCGUUUGCGGCCCUAGCUCCCAAUCGGCUUGCUGAGUUAUCAAAACUGGCAAUGAGAGGACUCAUUGCUGGAACAAUAGCUAGCUACCUUACCGCUUGUGUAGCCGGGUUGCUGUUCGCCUGA